AUGGGCCAACCGUCGGAGCGUCACGGUAGCAUGCUCACAUUUUCUGAUACAAUAUAUUUUUAUAUUGCAGCUACUGAAUAUGAACGCAUGCCGCCUAUAUAUAAACUCGACGAUUACGACUCUUGUCUACAAAAACCUAGCGACGUCUUCUGUUUAUUGCAUUUCACACUGGUGUCUGAUGAGCCGAGUGAACUUCUCCAAAUUAUUGAGGAAUAUUCAGAAUUUAAACAGUCGCAUUUCAAUCACACAAAACUGAGAUAUGGUGUGUGUGUAACUAAAAAUUGCCAGCGUUACAUAUACAAUAAAACAUCGGUCUCAGACGAAACCCUUGAGGGAUGCCUGAAUCAAUCUUUUUGGGAAGAAUACCAAUUAAGAACAAAAAUAGAACACUAUUCCUGCUCCAGUAUGUUAGCAUGUUUUCUUUUAUCAUUUUCAAUAAAACGAAACUGGAAAAUGCUAACCUCAACGAAACGCCCUUUGGAUCCGCGUUUGCAAAGACUUAAAAGUUUGAACGGAUUGAGAUUGACACCAGCCUAUGCUUUUAUUAUACUUCUGACGGCAACAUGGUUUAAAUUUCUAGGACCUGCACCGCUAUGGGAGGUAACAGGAAAGAUAAUGAUAUCGGAUUGUAGACGGCGGUGGUGGUUAAAUCUCAUAUACAUGAACAACUACGUGUACGACUCCCAGUGCUUGCUGCACUCUUGGUAUCUCGCUGUAGAUAUGCAAAUGCUCUGCUUGGGGCUCGUCCUAUGCGUGCUACUCAAAACCUACAGACUGAAGAGGAAGAUAUUGACGUCUCUUUUUCUCAUUGGUAUUACAAUGGCCGCUGUUCACACCUAUAUUCGGGAUCUUUAUCCCAUCAUGAUAAUUUGGCCGAGCGAAGGCAGUUUAUAUUUCAAGACGGACCCUACUUUUAACGAGAUUUAUAAAAUGGGUCACGCUAACUUUGCCAGCUACAUUAUAGGAAUAUCACUCGGUUACUUCGUGUACAAGUGGCAAAGCAAGGAAAUAAAUAUAAAAAAAUAUUCGAAUUACAGGUAUAUUCAUUGGAUCGUGGGUCCGUUGAUUAUCGCUUCCAUUAUGAGUGGUGCUGUUUUCUAUAGACAAGCGGAGAAGGAACCUCUGUACUUAAGAGUGAUUUACGCCUCUUUAGCUAAACCGACAAUGGCAAUAUUAUCGGCAAUACUGAUCGCUGGAAUGAUUUUCAAAUUGGAGAAAGCUCCUACUGAUGACGGGCGUGUCGCUGAUCUAUGGCUGGCGUCGGCUGUUGAUUCUAAUGUACAAGAUUGA